CGGAGCCAGCAGUAGCUCUAUUCAUUCAUGUAGAUUAGGGAGGGGCGGAGCCAGCAGUAGCUCUAUUCAUUCAUGUAGAUUAGGGAGGGGCGGAGCCAGCAGUAGCUCUAUUCAUUCAUGUAGAUUAGGGAGGGGCGGAGCCAGCAGUAGCUCUAUUCAUUCAUGUAGAUGAGGGAGGGGCGGAGCCAGCAGUAGCUCUAUUCAUUCAUGUAGAUGAGGGAGGGGCGGAGCCAGCAGUAGCUCUAUUCAUUCAUGUAGAUUAGGGAGGGGCGGAGCCAGCAGUAGCUCUAUUCAUUCAUGUAGAUGAGGGAGGGGCGGAGCCAGCAGUAGCUCUAUUCAUUCAUGUAGAUGAGGGAGGGGCGGAGCCAGCAGUAGCUCUAUUCAUUCAUGUAGAUUAGGGAGGGGCGGAGCGGUGGAAUUGCCCUCGAGGACCGGAGCGGUGCACCCCUGCUGUAGCAUUGGCUGGUUUCUCCCUUGGUUCUGGUGGUGUGGUACAAGCUUGUCAUAUCCCUGGCAUGCUGGGAGGAUGCUUGUUGAAGCAGGUCCAUGGACACACCAGGGGGGUUCAGACCUGUCGUACUGCAGCCCCCACGCUGGUUACUUCAGGACAUGACUUGAUGGAAACCCAUUCGAUGGAAGGAGACAUCCCACCUCCAAUGUCCGGGAGUUGUGAAGCCUGUCUGAAUGGAGUCAUGUACAUCUUUGGUGGAUAUGAUGACAAUGGCUAUACAAACCAGCUCUAUUGUGUUAACCUAAAGGACAAUAAUGGAAAAUUCACGUGGAAGAAAAUCACCAAUUUCAAGGGAUGUCCUCCAACACCGAGAGACAAACUGUCCUGCUGGGUGUAUGAUAACAGGAUUAUCUACUUCGGUGGUUAUGGCUGCAAGAAACUGAAUGAACUGAGUGACUCCAUGAGCUUCUGCACAGACGAGGUGUCUUGGGUGGGGGAGAUGUUUUGGGGGUGGAAUAAUGAAGUGCAUGUCUUGGACCCCGCUACAGAAACCUGGACCCAGCCAGUCACACAAGGCACUCACCCAGCACCUCGAGCUGCCCAUGCAGGCACAACCCUGGGCAUCAAAGGCUAUGUGUUUGGAGGGAGAGUGCUGGGGACCAGAACUAAUGACAUACACUGUCUAGACCUUGGUACCUGGACUUGGUCAAACAUAAUUCACUCUUCUGUCAUAAGGCCUGUUGGCCGCUCCUGGCACACCGUGACCACAGUAUCUGAUUGCAUGAUGUUCUUAUUCGGUGGAUUAAGUGCAAACAGUGAACCUCUAGACGAUGGCUGGUUGUUUAAUGUCCAGACAAAAAACUGGACCCAACUUCAACAUUUACCCAAGAAUAAGCCAAGGCUGUGGCAUACCGCCUGUCUAGGACCGGAGUCUGAAGUGUUUGUUUUUGGAGGAAGCCAGGAUGACAUACUUUCAGUGGACAGAGUUGUGUUUAGACUACAUGGGAAAAAAUGCCAAGCUUCUUCAGGAACAGCUGUCCUGGUUACCGCCGAAACUUUCUCACAAAGUUCAGGACAAGAUUUCAUUUUGGACUGGAGCUGGGACACCCCACGAGUAACAGGAAACUGCCGGGGGCAGAACUGUGAGACCAGCAGGUGGUGCUGUUGCAUAUAUAUUACCAAGGGUCACACAGAAGGAUGCUUGGAGGGAAACAUUUUGAGAACUCCCAAGAUCAGACAUGCAGGAACAGCCUGGCCAGUCCAAACUCCAUGGAACAAAAACCAACACAAGAACGUAUACACCACGAGAGACUAUUAAACACAACACAACAUACAAGCUGGAAAUAAUCAGCAAAUUGACAAAACCAUGUACAUUAUUCAUAAUAAACGAAGCACUUACUCCUGCACGCUAAUGACCAGCUAGCACACAUUGCAAUGACAGAAUGCUAACCCAGGCUGACAUGCAGAAAGACCCUCUGCAGCUUCAUAAUUAAGGGGUGUGUGGGGAUGUGAGUUGGACAUUGGAACAGGAGCCUUGCCAGGUAAUGACUUUCAUUUGGUUACUGAUUUGAAAUUGUACACUCUGCCAUAGAAGCCCCCAGGCAGUCCCUCCUUCAUGCGUUCAACUGCACCAGAUCAUCUGCUUCACAUGGCCCUGCGGGUUACCCUCAUUGCAGGCCCCCCCUUUAAUCUGCCAUAACUGACUUCCAGGAGGCUAUGUGCUGCACAGUCAUGUUCCGUUAUUAUAUAUUAAUCUAGUAUUGAUUUCAGGGCGACGGUUUAAUCCAUUCUUUCGUAAUGUAAUAUUCAGUGCACUGUGCUGUGCUACCACCAGGAAACAGACCAAACAAGUGCGUGUUUGUUUACUGUUGCAUUGUAAGUGGUUGGCACUUCCUCUUUAAAAAAAUAAAUAAAUACAGUACUCUGAACA